AUGCUAUGUACAGAAAAAAGACAACAAGCAAACAAUGCAUUUGAAAAAGAUUUUUGGAAGUUAAUGAUUAAUUCACUUUAUGGUAAAAGCAUCGAAAAUAAACGAAAACAUUGCGAAGUCAAAUUUUUGAAUGAUAGAGCGGAUGUGAUCAAAGCUACAAGAAAACCUCUUUUCGACCAAUUCUGUAUAUUAGAUGAAAAUCGAGCGAUUGCAAAGCUACGGAAGUCUAAGGUUUUGUUGGACAAACCAAUAGCUGUUGGAUUUUCUGUUUUGGAAUUUACGAAACUGUAUAUGUAUCAAUUACAUUACGAUACUUUCAAAGCACAUUAUGGUCAAAAGAUAAGUUUAGUUUACACGGACACUGAUAGCUUCAUUUAUCACAUACAAACAGAAAAUCUUUAUCGUGAUUUUGCUUAUUUCGCCAAUAUUAUGGAUUUUUGUGACUAUCCUAAAGAUCAUUUCCUUCAUAGUAAUGAGAACAAAAAAAAGCUUGGCUAUCUUAAAGACGAAACUAACGGAGAUCCUAUCAUAGAAAUAAUCGCUCUCAAAUCUAAAAUGUAUUUGAUCAGAUCAGUGAAUAAUGAACGCAAAACAGCUAAAGGGAUACAAAAGCAUGUCGUUAAAUCUCAAAUACUACGCGAUGAUUAUCGAAACUGUUUAUAUAACGAAGAAUUAUAUAGGCAUACAAAUCAUGAACUUCAGAGUAAAAACCACAUAAUAAAAGCUAUAUCAACUGAAAAAAUAUCAUUAAGCCCUUUGGACGAUAAGCGUUGGGCAAUUGAUAAUAUCAACACUCAUGCUUUCGGUCAUUAUCUCUCAAAAUAUGAAAUUUGA